AUGGACCUUGUACUGGGAAGAUUCAACUUUGUUCGUAUCUAUCUGGACGAUAUCUUGAUCUUCUCUCGUUUCGAACAAGAACAUCUACACCAUCUGAAACUGGUCUUUGAUGCUCUUCGUGAAGCCGGCUUGACCCUAGCUGGAGACAAGUGCUCUAUUGGCAUGGACUCGGUUACAUAUCUUGGACAUCGAUUCUCUGCUCAGAGUAUGUCCCUCGAUCGGGCAAAGAUUGACGCUAUUGAGUCGUGGCCAACGCCCCGAACAGUGACUGAUUUUCGAAGCUUCCUUGGCUUGGCCCGUUACUACCGUCAUUUUAAUCCGCAUUUUUCGAAUCGUGCUAAGGUCCUACAACAGCUUCAGACGACCCGCAGCAAGGAUGACGUUAUGAUGGCCGAUCGUUGGACUGAAGAUCAUUCGGUAACGUUUGUGGAUCUUAAGAAGGCCCUUGCCGAUCUCCCAUUCUUGGAUCAUCCUGACUUCAGUCGACCUUUUGAGAUGAUCUCUGGUGAUGCAGAUACCUAUACGGGCCACUCGUUGCAAAUCUACAAGCAAGUGCGACAUCCUUGGCGUAUUAAAGAACACCCCUACUGCCGGAACGAAUCGAUUCCACAUCACCAAAAUUAUACUUGGGAUUCCUAUUUUGACUACCUCAUUAGCUCUGGUGCUAACUUACAGCUGGGUGGAUAUAAGAUCAACGAUGAAAGCAAAAUCAAGAUGCGCAUCUACGGCCCUUGGAGCAAAACCGGCUUCAAAGCUCUGAGGGAACGAGCGGAUGCGGCCGGCAAAGUGAUAAUCGCACAGCUGGAUACGUUUCUCGAAGGAUCCUUCGACAAGGCUUCUUUCAUAAAGAGUGUCAAAGAGUUCAGAAAGGACUAUCCUGUUGACGGUUUCAAUGUGGGCUUUAGAGAUUCCGAUCCCAGUAGAUACCAAGUUGGGAAGGAACUUGUCGUGGCUAUUAAAGAGCUCAACCUACGGGUGUCGUUAUGGUUGACAAAGGAUGAUUAUCAUGCGCAGGAAUUCAAACAAACCGGCAUAGGGAAGAUGGUUGAUAGUGUCGCUGUUUUUGCCUCUCCACGUGACACGGAUGAGUCCAUAGAAAACUUCAAUACGGGCCGUUUCGCCGAGGAUAUGAUCAAAGAUGUCGCAAAGCUGGUGUAG